AUGGCCAUUGAUGCUGCCAUCGCCAACAACUUGGUGAGGGAGGGAGAUAGGGGGGUUGGCCCGUCUGGAGCGGCCGCUGGAAGCAGGAGUGAAGAGGAAGUGAUCCAGAGCUUCCAGCGAAGUGAUAUGAGUAUUGCGCUUCGGGUGAAAGAUGCGCUGCUUCUAGCGGAAGGGUCAGAAAUGGGGCUCAAUGCUGAAACGAUGGGCCUUGGUGUUGAAGCGGGUGACGAAGUUGCACAGCGACUCUCCCUCCGUUUGACAGAUGUUAAGAAGUUGGGUUGCCGGACGCCGCUGGCGCUGGGCACCAAUGAAGUGGCUGAGGAAGGAGUCACUCAGCUGGAGCUUCAUGGCUCGGAUUUCUACAUCCCAGAGAGGAAUGUUGUCACCACCGGAAGGCAGCGGAGGCUGGACGCUACUGGCCUCUCCUUCGGGGAUGCCGUCCACAUCGGGGUCGACUAUGGGAGGCUUGGAAACAAUCUUCCAGCUCCAAGAGAUGUAAUAAACCUUUACAAGAGGUGUGGAAUUGAAUCCCUCAGGAUUUAUGAUCCAAGCCCUCAAGUUCUUGAUGCAUUGAGAGGUUCAAAUCUUCGAGUCUCAGUUGGUACCAGAAAUGAAGAUUUACCGAGCCUUGCUUCAAGCCAAGCUGCUGCAAAUUCAUGGGUUAAUACCAAUGUAGCUCCUUACAGAAACAAUAUCAACAUCAAUUGGAUCACUUUAGGCAAUGAGGUAAUCCCGGGACCUUAUGCCACACACGUUGCACCGGCCAUAAUCAACAUCCAGAAUGCUCUCAGAUCGAUCGGCCUAACUGGGAUAAAGGUGACCACAGUCACUUCUAUGAUCCUAGCCAGUUCUUACCCUCCUUCUGCAGGAGCCUUCACUAGUGAAACAACUGCAGUGAUGAGAAAUGUGACAUUUGUUUUGAAGCAAACCGGUGCACCCAUCAUGCUCAAUGUGUACCCAUAUUUCGCCUAUGCCUCAGACCCAGCUCACAUUUCAUUAGACUAUGCCAUGUUCAGAGCAAGAACACCAAUUGUAGAUGGGCAAUUCCAGUACUUCAGCCUCUUUGAUGCCAUGGUUGAUGCUUACUACGUGGCAUUGAAGAGGAUCGGUGCAGGCAGUGUUCCUAUUGCUGUGUCAGAGACCGGUUGGCCAACUGCUGGGAACAGUCCUUACACGAGCAUAGCCAAUGCGCAAACAUACAACAGAAACCUUCUGAACCAUGUCACGAGGCAAGGGACACCGAGGAAGCCUGGCGGGAUCAUGGACACAUUCAUAUUUGCAAUGUUCAACGAGAAUAAAAAACCUAAUGGGAUUGAGCAAAACUGGGGGCUGUUCUAUCCCAACAUAAGCCCUGUUUAUCCAUUUAUACAUUGUUAAGACCUUACUUUUGUAUUGAACAAAUUAAAACAGUUAUAAAUAAGAACUGAACAUGGUACCAAAAGACCAUGGUUUUAAGUUCAAAAUAAUAAGCUUUGUGAAAACAAACAUAAAUAUACAUAGGUAUUUUUCUUGGGGCCCAAACUUUCUUUCAAUUGUUUCUCUUGGUUUAAGGAUUAAUGCAAAUGUGAUUCCAUCAAAUGAUUGAUUUCAUCUUUCCAACCUUUUUUUUUUUUCUCAACUGAUUUCUUCUUUUACCAUCAGAUUCAUUCUAAAUCAGUUGCGGCCGUCAUGAACGGCCGCCAUAUACAAAAGACUUUAAAAAAAAAAUAAAAAGACAUAACAUUAACUAAGCAAUAAAAAGAGAAACCCAAAAAACACAAAAUAGAAAGAACUUCAUGCCUUCUAUUUCUUUUCCCUGUAAAAUUGACCACUGGCCAGAAGAACACCACAAAGCUUUUCUGGCUAAAAUUUUUCCGUCUCCCAAAAAAAGGAAAAAAAA